AUGGCUCAGAAAGUGGUGUUGAAGGUUUUAACCAUGACUGAUGAUAAGACCAAGCAGAAAGCCAUAGAAGCUGCAGCUGAUAUCUUCGGGGUUGAUUCGAUAGCAGCGGAUAUGAAGGAGCAAAAAUUAACGAUUAUCGGUAUGAUGGAUGCGGUUGCGGUGGUAAAGAAGUUGAAGAAGGUCGGUAAAGUCGAUUUGAUAUCGGUUGGACCGGCAAAAGAAGAGAAGAAAGAAGAGAAGAAGGAAGAGAAGAAAGAGGAAAAGAAAGAGGAGAAGAAAGCAGAAGAACCUAAGAAAUAA